UGGGAGUUGUUCCCAUAAGGUGAAUGAAUGAAUUAAGGUUAGUUGUUUGACAAACUUGAGCUGUUCCUUUAAUUGUAAAACUUUAAUGAAUAGGUUGGUUGUCAAUUAAAUACUUCUGCCUUUGUUGAAUAUAUUAUCUGUUCUAGUUAAGUUUGGGAUUGUAACUUAUCCGUCAAAAUGGCAAUAUAUUCUCCAGUAACUGCUAUAGUUACUAUAGUAACUAUACUAUAGUAUAGUUAUAGUAACUAGUACUAUAGUUCUAGAGGAAGGCGUAUCUCUUUGUACUCAUAGCCACUGACUUGGCCUUCAUAACAACCAAUAUUUUAGGAUUAAAAUAAGAAUUACCAAAUCAAUAAUGUUUAUAACUGCGGUUGGCAGAAGAGGAUGUCAGAUCCCCUGGAGUUAGAUUUUCAGGCUGUUGUGAGAUUAGAGUACUGAGAACCUACUUGAGUCAUCUACAAGAGGAGUAUGUGCUCUUACGUGCUGGGCCAUCUCUUCAGCGUAAGAAACAAAAUUAUCAUAAAUAUCCAGUAAGAUUUGUCCAAAUUCAGUUUGUUUUCCCCUGCUCAGGGUACAGAAAUCUUUACUGCAGGAAUUGUGUUUAGAGAAUAUCUGUAUAUAAUUCUACCUUGCCAGCUCCCUCUGUCCGUCUUCCCACUGCUUUGGACUACGGAGCCCUACCCAUUGUCCGUCUUCACAAGACACGCCUUCAUCUCUGUGCUAGGUCCCUGUUGACAUGCCCACUCACCUGACACCAAGGAGUCGCUAAAAGCUUCUGCCUGGAAAGGCUGGAUGGCUCCUUAACCGUGGAGCCUGAAGAACGAACAUUCUGGAUGCAGAUUCAGCAGUAGCUGCCUUUCCCCUUCUUUCCCCAUAGCAUGUUUCCAGAGAAGCCUCCAGUGUCUGAAGCAGCCAGGGAUGGAAAUGGACAGCAACAGCUCCUCUGGGAGCUUCAUUCUGAUGGGUUUAUCUGAGCAUCCCCAGCUGGAGAGGGUCUUUUCUGUAGCCAUCCUCUUCUCCUACUUGUUGACCCUGGUUGGGAAUUCAACCAUCAUCCUGCUUUCCCGUCUUGAUGCCCGGCUCCACACACCCAUGUACUUCUUCCUCAGCAACCUCUCUUCCCUGGACCUGGCCUUUACAACCAGUUCAGUCCCCCAAAUGCUGAAAAAUCUAUGGGGGCCAGACAAGACCAUCAGCUAUGGUGGAUGUGUAACUCAGCUCUAUGUUUUCCUUUGGCUGGGGGCCACAGAGGGCAUAUUGCUCGUCAUGAUGGCAAUUGACCGAUUUGUGGCAGUUUGCUGGCCCCUGCACUACAUGACUGUCAUGAAUCCACGGCUCUGCUGGCUGCUGGCUGCUGUAGGCUGGCUGAGUGGUUUAGGCAACUCAGUCAUUCAGUCAACUUUCACACUGCAGCUACCAUUUUGUGGACACCGGAAGAUAGACAACUUCCUGUGUGAGGUGCCCGCCAUGAUUAAAUUGGCCUGUGGAGACACAAGUCUCAAUGAGGCUGUGCUAAAUGGUGUCUGUACUUUCUUCACUGUUGUCCCACUGAGCAUCAUCCUGACCUCCUACUGCUUCAUUGCUCAGGCAGUGAUGAAGAUCCACUCUGUGGAGGGACGACGGAAGGCAUUCAAUACUUGCCUCUCCCAUUUGGUAGUGGUCUUCAUCUUCUAUGACUCAGCUAUCUAUGGGUAUCUGCUUCCAGCUAAGAGCAGUAAUCAGGACCAAGGGAAAUUCAUUUCUCUCUUCUACUGUGUGGUUGCACCCAUGUUGAAUCCCCUCAUCUAUACUCUGAGGAACAAAGAAGUGAAGGGGGCACUGGGAAGGUUGCUGCAGAAAGGAAGAGAAGCCAGAUGAGGAAAGAGCCAUC